AAAUCCCAUUAAUAUUUCUCCAUUUUCUUCUCGUAUUUCCGUUUUGGACCAUUAUUAGGACCAGAAUUCAGAAAGAGCGCAUUCGCAGUUUCGCACCAAGUCCAACAUUACUUUUCUACCCUCCAAAGCAAACCUCUUCAAUCUCGCUCUCAUUCUCUGCGAAUUCUAGGGUUAGGGCCUAGCCUCGGAUUCCUUGCGAUGGCUGUCUCCACCACAAGCUUUGCGGCUGCCAAAUUGGAGGCUCCGUUGCUGAAAGCUUCGCCAUCGUCCAGGGCCUCCUCGCCUGCUUCUCAGCUUCCGAUUCUUCUGAAACCCAUUCGGAGCAGGAAGACCCUGAUUCAGAGAGGAGUCAGGUGCGAGGUUGCAGCCUCCGAUGCUUUGGUUCAGACCGAGAAGCUUUCCGCUCUUGAACAGCUCAAGGCAUCCGCAGCUGACAGAUAUACAAAAGAGAGGAGUAGCAUUGUGGUUAUUGGACUUAGUGUUCACACUACCCCCGUUGAGAUGCGUGAAAAGCUUGCCAUUCCAGAAGCAGAGUGGCCUCGAGCCAUUGGGGAGCUGUGUGGUUUAAAUCAUAUAGAAGAAGCUGCUGUUCUCAGCACCUGCAAUAGAAUGGAGAUUUAUGUUGUGGCUCUUUCACAGCAUCGUGGUGUCAAAGAAGUGACUGAAUGGAUGUCAAAGACAAGUGGGAUCCCAGUUUCAGAACUUUGUCAACAUCGGUUUCUGCUUUAUAACAAAGAUGCUACGCAGCAUAUUUUUGAAGUUUCAGCAGGUCUCGACUCUCUUGUCCUUGGGGAAGGCCAAAUUCUUGCUCAGGUUAAACAGGUUGUCAAAGUUGGGCAAGGAGUUGUUGGCUUUGGGAGGAAUAUUAGUGGGCUGUUCAAGCACGCGAUAACUGUGGGAAAGCGUGUUAGGACUGAGACUAACAUUGCUGCUGGGGCAGUUUCUGUUAGCUCUGCAGCUGUUGAACUGGCCUUAAUGAAGCUCCCUGAAUCCUCACAUGCUUCAGCAAAAAUGUUGGUUAUUGGAGCAGGCAAGAUGGGGAAGCUUGUGAUCAAGCACUUGGCAGCAAAAGGUUGCUCAAAGGUGGUGGUUGUAAAUAGAACCGAGGAGAGAGUUGCAGCCAUCCGUGAAGAGUUGGCGAAUGUUGAGAUAACAUACAAGCCGCUCACAGAAAUGCUAACUUGCGCUGGUGAAGCAGAUGUUGUGUUUACCAGCACUGCAUCAGAAAACCCAUUAUUUUUGAAAGAGCAUGUUGAGGGCCUGCCCCCUGUUGGCUUAGAAGUUGGGGGCUCAAGGCUCUUCAUCGAUAUCUCAGUUCCGCGGAAUGUAGGCUCGUGCGUAGCAGAUAUUGAAGCUGUGCGAGUUUACAAUGUUGAUGACCUUAAGGAGGUUGUGGCUGCCAAUAAAGAGGAUCGUCUUCGGAAAGCAAUGGAAGCACAAGCAAUUAUUGCUGAGGAAUCAAAACAAUUUGAAGCAUGGAGGGAUUCAUUGGAGACAGUUCCUACCAUCAAGAAAUUGAGGGCUUAUGCUGAAAGAAUCAGAGUUGCGGAGCUAGAAAAAUGCUUGUCCAAGAUGGGUGAUGAUAUACCAAAGAAAACAAGGAAAGCUGUGGAGGAUCUUAGCCGAGGAAUAGUGAACAAGCUCCUUCAUGGUCCGAUGCAGCACCUGAGAUGUGAUGGGAGUGACAGCCGGACCCUGAGCGAGACCCUUGAGAAUAUGCAUGCUCUUAAUAGAAUGUUUAGCCUCGAGACAGAGAUAUCUGUGUUAGAACAGAAGCUUCGAGCUAAGGUAGAAAGCCAGAAGUAAGAUCCUUUAUCAAAUUUGAUUCAGGACACAUCUUUUACUUCCUCAAAUUUGAAUAAGGGGAAAAUCUCCUCAUACUGUCAUUUCAUUAGAGUGUUGGCACUGUUGUAACCUCCAAUUGGGUAAGAUAAACAGUGUCUGUUGCUGUUGGCUGACCUCUGAAUUCAUUCAUCAGCAUAAGGCAAUGUCUCAGCCUCUUCUUUAGAGGCCAUUCGGCUUUUAGGAUACAAAUUGAGGGAUUAUGAAGUGAGCUUAAUCCAUGUAACGAUUGUUCUCCUUAGAGUUUAUGGUCUGUAUCCGAAAUUCAGUUAAUCCUUGUAAUUAAUAUGUUGAUUAUUUUAAUAUGGAUACGAGCUUGUAAUUGAUGUA